AUGCACAAAUUAAAUAUUAAGGUAUGCCUUUUCUCCCUCCCACAUUCCGAACGAUUAGACGGUGAUCUACCAUGUACUCUAUAUACUCCUUAUGAUCAUCGUUCUGUGCGUGGUCGCCUUUAUCUAUCACCAAAUUUUAUUUGUUUCACUUCAAGGAUUGAAAGACAAGUUUCUUUAGUUUUGUUAUUGUGUGAUAUUAUUUCUAUUGAAAAACAAAGAACAUUUACUGAUUGGUUGUCUGGUGGAAUAAAAAUAUGUUUAAAUCUUUCUCCCUUGUUGAGUUUACAAGAAGAACAGUUUAACAAUGAAACAAACAAUAGAGAAUUUUAUUUUUCUGGAUUGCAUGAAUUACCUAAAGUUUUGCAACGAAUUAUAGAAUUAUGGGAAUAUUGCAAAAAUAAUGAACAAAUUCGAAAAAAAUCAAAACAAAAUCGCCGUCAUUAUAGCCCUCGUCAACCGCUAUCCGAGCCAUUAUAUAAAACUUUUAAUAAUGUGAAGUCAAUUACAACUUGUUCAAGUUUAAAAACAUCUAAAGCAUGGGAAAAACUUUUUCAUGAUUUUGGAAAAGAUUAUUCAAUUUAUAGAACUGUUGAUAUGCAUCGUUUGUUGCUUGAUGGAGUUCCACCCGAACACAAAGCCCGCAUGUGGGGUAUUUGCUCUGGUGCUUAUUGUGAAAUGCGUUUGAACCCAGGUGAAUACCGAGCACUUGUUCACAAAAGUCGUCGUUCUCAAGCAUUUGCUGAGUUUACAAUGGAAGAGAUUGAACGUGACUUGCAUCGUUCACUUCCCGAACAUCCAGCAUUUCAAUGUGGAAGUAUAGGAAUCGACGCUCUUCGCCGCAUUUUGUCUGCUUAUGCAGUUCGUAAUCCAACUAUCGGUUAUUGUCAGGCAAUGAAUAUUGUCGCUGCCGUAUUUUUGCUUUAUGCACCAGAAGAAUUAGCCUUUUGGUUAUUGGUAGCAGUUUGUGAAAGACUUUUGCCAGAUUAUUACAAUAAUAAAGUUGUUGGUGCUCUUGUUGAUCAAGGUGUUGUUUUUAUGCCAGGACAAUUCACCGACUUUAUUUGUCCUGACAAUUCACCGACUUUAUUUGUCCUGACAAUUCACCGACUUUAUUUGUCCUGA